AUGUGGAUACUCAUAUACCUAUUUAUCAUAUGGUCCUCACUGCGAACGUGGGUUACUGCUGUUGACUCUACUACGACAGUUGGCGAUGAUCUGAAUGAGACCGUUUCAGCAUCUGUCUGGCCGACGAUGUCCCCUCAAAUGACGGUGGCCUUUAGGUCCCAAAGAGAUGUCAUGGGAAACUUAACUAUAGACCAGCUGCCGUAUGUUGGUUUGAAUCUACGACGGGUUCUGUUGAACAAUGAGACUAGCAUGGUAAAUGAAGGUAAUAAUACAAGAUUACUGACUUUGUUCAAAUCUAUGCUAUCCUCCGAAGCAAAUGCUUUUGUCCUCGACUUGGAACAAUAUAAUAAUGAUUUGAGAGUGGUAGAUACGACAUUGUUAUUUAGCGACGUUCUAACUGCUUUACAGUCAUUCAUCUUCAGCACACAAAACAACCUCUAUGCGAAUAUCAUUGUACUGUUGCUGAAUAUAUCAGCUCCUGAACUGGAUUCCACAGAAUACCGCCACCAAAACCAAACUUUGAACACUACUUAUAUACUGGACAAAAAUUUAGGAAAUAGUUUCAUUUACAAGCCUACGGAUUUACAAAGUGAUAGAGCAAAGAAUAAUACCUGGAACAUCUACGGAAAAUCGUCCAUUGACGGUUGGCCCACUCUGGGCUCUGUGCUAUAUGAACAAAAGAAGAGACUGGUUAUAGGUGAGCUGACCGAUUUUUUUAAUGAAACUACUGCUCCAUAUAUUUUUCCUCAUGACGUCUUUCAUUAUGAGCAGGGGAACUCUACAUUAGAUUGCCCCUCUACUGUAGAGGGUCUGACUGAUUUAUCAUCUAUCCAUUGGAGAUUCUUAGAUUCGCUGUUCAAUUCCGUGGACAUCAAAGAGUAUAUUUCGUGUGGUUUAUCACCAAUAAUAAGCAAUUCAGCGUACGUCAAUAAUGUGACGCAGUUAGCAGAUAUAAUUCAUGAAGGCAGCGUUUGGUCAUGGGAUAGUGACCAACCUUCAGUUACUCAGUCAACUUCUAAAUCUGGCAGCUCAUCCGGGACCUUAGAGGCUUACAAUUGCGUUCUCUUGUACUACUUUGCUAACAAUGAGACAGUAACAUGGCGAGUAGGUAACUGUUACAAUUCUAAUAUUGGGCUCUGUAGAUAUGAAAAUAUGGCAUUCCGAUGGUUGGUGAGAUCAAAUAAGGCUACGUACUUUGAUUUUGAUAGUUACCAGGGAUCUAAAUGUCCCGAUCAGUAUUCAUUUAAUAUUCCUAGAAGCCCAUUGGAGCAGAGAUCGUUUAUUGCAUAUAUGAGGAAUUCCUCCUUCUCUGACACACAAAUAUGGAUAGAUUUGAACUCUAUAUCAGUAAGCAAUUGUUGGGUAAGUGGUGGUCCUUAUGCUAGUUGCCCAUAUGAAAAAGUCAUUUCUAGGAGAAAUUUCGUAACAAUGAUGGUCCCUGCGUCAGUCUGUUCCUUUGCCCUACUGUGUAUUGUCGUUUACUUGAGUGUAUUGAGGGUCCCCAUUUAUGAUAAUAGAAAAAAUUGGAGAAGAGUUAUCAAUAAAAUCUCUAAAUCCGAGCUAGAAGGUGUCCCUUCUUAA